AUGCGACGGAACACGUGUCAGAGUCAUUUUUCGGCUCAAGAAUCUCGAGCGAAACAUUCCCUCGCGGUCUGUGAAAGACUCCAGAUGGACUUUGACGACGAAGACUUCGGAGUUUCGUCGCGACGCCGCAACCGUCGCGAGAGCGGCUCUCCGUCUCGUUGCUACUUUGGCGUCGCCGACGACGACGAGGACGAGGAAGAGGAUGAAGUUUGCGAGUCGCCGAACAUCGAAGUCUCUUCCGACUAUGAGGGCGACGAAGAUCUCCGCGACGUGGGUCUUUGACAUGAAUAUUUUCGCGCUUCCAGAUUUCAAAAAACUGCUCACAAAAAUAAAAUAUUUGCUCAGAACGAAGUAUAGCUGAUCCACGGCUGACUUGAGUCGUCGAAAAAAGAGUUCUGACACGAUAAUACACGAGAUAGUCCGUGGCUCGGGGAGAGCGCAAACAGGCCCCGCCCCCUUACCGUCCCAAGCUAGCUGUGAAUCGGCUAUAACUAUUAACAAAAAAGUCAUUAGUCAUUGAAGCACUCGUAAAACAAAGUUGAAACGUCCAUUCACUCACACUUGCUAUUUCGAAAUGACAUCGCUAAGUUUUUCAGCCGGAUGACGACAAAGAAAUUGACGAGAAAGAUUUUGAACGAAGCGCCAGAAGACAACAUCAUGUGUUGGUGGAAAACGAGGUUCCUCUUUUCUUCUCAAAAAAUGACCAAAUUAAGAAUCAGGUAGGCCUCGAUCGACACACUUCAGUCAGGCUUCCCGCCUCUCUCCCUGUGAGUUCUCCACACUCUCAAAAAACGCAAUGCCCUCGAAAUAACUCAUGAAACGGUUGCAGGUCUCUUGUGGGACCAUCGUCGGUUUUUUGAAGACCCGAGACUUUCUGUGUCCAGGAAUCAACUCGCGCUGCAUCCUCAUCAACAGUUUGUGUUUCUUCUUUGCCUUUUUUUCCGAAUGACUCUGGAUAUGCCAAAAACCUUCAGACGAACAAAUCUCGCCGAAGGAAUUCACGAUGUUGGCGAUGAAAGACCGUCAGAAGGACUGGAAGAGCGCAAUCCGCAUCAACGGAAAAUCUUCUCUGCGGUUUCGAUUUCACUGAUAUUGUACCCUGCGAACCGUUUUUCAGAUUAGGAGAAAAAACCAUCGAAAUUUGUUUUAUUGGCGACAUUUUUUUUCAAUUUGUGCCUUCUGAAUUCAUAUCGUAUGACUCAUAUGUAUGAACAUGAGAAACGGUUGUGUGAGAAAGAACUUCUCAACGUUGUUUCCAUUUUCUGAACUUUAUUAAAUAUGAUGGAACUUCCCGAGAAACUGAAACACUCGGACUUUGGUAACGCGAAACGGACGUUUCUGAGCAAUUCUAGGGAUCACUUAAGAGUUCUUACGCUACUGAAGUAAUCCCUAGAAAUACUCAGAAACUUCCGUUUCGCGUUACCAAUGUCCGAGCAUAUAAAUCAAAGGACAGUUCAAAAUCGACCUGAUUUUCCCGAAAAAAAACUGUUCUUUUUUUUUUUUUGAAAACCACCUUUCUGAUUGGUAAGGACCCUCCUUUUUUGUCAUUUUCCAAGAACUAUUCCAAAAAAUAGAACGCUGAAACGAUUUUAUCAGUACUGAAAAAAGGCUUUCGUAUAAGGUCAUACUGUUCUUUGCAGAGCUCACAUGGAGGCGAACACGAUCGACUUCUUCGAUCACGAGGCCCAGUGCAAUGGUCGCUGCUUCAGCCGCAACUACCUCACUUACACGUGAGUCUCGGAUUUUUCUCCCGAAAAAAAGGGAACUUUCAGCCGAGAGGAGACGAUGACGAGGCGAAUGCGCAAGAUUGAGAAACGCGACUACUUAAUCAGGGAGCUCGUCAGCUGCAACAACGGUAAGACUAGCUCUGACUUCCGUGGCGCUCAUCAGCUUCGGCUUUUUUUUUUCUUAUUCUUUAUGACUCUAAAUUUCUCCUCGCGAACUUUGACCCAUCUCGUCUAUUCAUGACUGAACUGAGAAUUUUGAAGGGGAACGUCCUUUGGUUCCAGUCGGACUAGCCAAGCGCGGAAGGCCUCGGACGCGAAUCAGAUCUUCGCCCGUCCCCAUUUUCGAGCCUCGUCCAGGCUCUCCCAACCAAAUCUCCUCGCCAAACAAAGUUCUCGGUAGCAUGCAGCGCUGUGAGCUUUUUUUUAAAGUUUCGAACUUCAUGUUUUCUCGUAGAUCCGGCUUCGUUUUGGGCCGAGAUGAACCGGGUUGGGGCUCUGAACGAAGUCUGCGAUCAGGUCAUUCUAAGCGCUCUCCAGCUCAAAAAUAUUGUCUGCUCACCAAACGACGAGUCUGGCCAGAAACAUGCGGAUUUCGGAGAAGGUUCUUUUGAUUCCUCUUAAGUUUUUAAUAUCAAACUUUUAGCUUCGAAGAAGCUGUCUAAGGCAUCGUUGACUCUCGAAAAAACAGACACUUUUGUCCGAUUUGUGCAGGGGAUUGAACGCGACUAUUUCCUCUGGAAACAACAAAAGGAGGCUGAGGUGCGCGUCACGCCUUUUCUUGUUUCUCAGAAAGCUCAUCUUACUUUUACUUUCCAGCAACGACCAGAGGACCGUCUGCCCAGUGACGAGCCUUUGUGA